CCAAACAGCUCACUUAGCCCGAGUCCUCAGUCCCCAGUCCGGCUGAAAGUUCUGGAUACAGCAGGUAGCGGGGUCAGAGCAGACCAGAAUCCGGGUAGGUCAGUCUGGAUAGAAAACACAACUCCACACGGAUAAUAUCUGCAUUUAACUCGGCCGGACGGACUAAAGGACUCGGUUUAGCUAGGCUAAUUUGUUCACUUCAGCACCGGAUAUUUAGCCUACAUGUAAAAUAGUUUUGUCUUCUUCCUUUCACGGUCAGUUUCAUCUCAUUCAGACUGGAAAAGAAACCCAGCUGACUGACGACACGUUGCGCAACCUAGACAACAAUAACGAGCCACAGACGCCAUCACCGGACGGUCCGCUCCGGUUCCCCGCCAGUCUCAGACCUGCUGCUUCCAGUCGGAGCUCAAACUUCAAGAAACCCUUUAGUUUUUAUGUCUUCAGCUACUUCUGUCCCCAGACAGACAGACACACACACAGACAGACAGACAGACCAUCUGCUCCCCGCUGAGUCUACUGGGUUUCUGUUGACCUGCAGUAGUCUGUCUCUCUGAAAAACACAAGAUGAGCAUGGGCCUUGCCGCAGCCAGCCGCCAGCUGUGUCUGAAGAGGCUGCUGGACGAGCCCCGGGACAAUUUCCUGAAAUGUAAAGUAGCUCGUCUCGAUCCCAAUCCUCCCGCCAACGGCCUGUUACACUGCCUCAGGCCCAGAAGCCCCGCCCCCAAGUCCAACCAGAGCCAAUCCCCAUCCAGAAUCGGCCCAUACUUCCUGUCUGAACGCUGCGAUGGGGAGAAAACUUACAGGGCCGUCCACGCACACACAAAGCAGCAGUACACUUGCCAGGUGCUUCCUCUACGUGGUUACCAAGAGCGGUUGGCUGCCUACGCACGCAUCGGUCACCACGACAACAUCUGCAGCCCGCUGGACGUGGUGAUUGGCCAGGACAGCGUAUACGUCUUCCUGCCCGGUCACUACGGCGACAUGCAUGCGCACUUGCGAAGCAGGAAGCGUCUGGGCGAGGAGGAGGCGGGGCAUCUGUUUACUCAGAUGCUCAACGCGGUGACGCACUGUCAUCACCACGGAGUCGUCCUGAGAGACCUGAAGCUCCGCAGGUUCGUCUUCACAGACAAAUACAGGACUCGUCUCGCUCUGCUCGGCCUUAACGACUGCGUCCUCCUGGAAGGUAACCAUGACGACGACUCUCUGACGGACAGACACGGCUGCCCCGCCUAUGUCAGCCCCGAGUUGCUGACCAAUGGGAACAGGUCUUAUUCGGGCCGUGCCGCAGACAUCUGGAAGCACAUUGGCAGUGCCCAGGAGCUGAACUGGCAUGGUACAGGGACUUGA